AUUAAUGAAAUAGUAAAUGAUAACGUUCUUCGUUCUUCUCGUUCACGUGUUUAAUAGUUAAUACUCUGAUGGUUUAAUUGUCAUUUGUCAAUCGUUGAUAUUUUUAUUUUAGUUACAAAUUUGGUGUUUGUGUCUACUUGAAGUCGGAACAAUAUCCGUCUCAGGACACUGAGUGCAGGCUAUUUUAUUUGACCCGAAAUAAUAGUAGAAUAGUAUUCAUAAAAUUAUAAUGGAUGUCUCCGUGGAUGUCAAUAGCGAGGCUACCGAUAGCCUCAAAAUUGCAAAUCCAGCAUGGGCAGAUGCUAUGAGCAAAAUUUUAAAAACAAAAAAGCGGAAAGGAAAACCAUUAGUAUUGUCCAAGGCAAAGAUCAUUUCAGAAACUGACCUUAAUAAAAUAAAGCAAGAAAAAGAGGAUGUAGAUAACUCAUUUGAAGUUGUUGAUAAAGGUGGUCAAAAAGUUGCAGUACCGGUCAAUAUUGAAGAAAUUAAAGAUGAAAAACCAGACUUGGAACAUUUAGAACCAAAAAUACCAAAUCGAAUUCGUAUAAGGGAACAAGUAUUAAUGGGAAGACAAAAACCUUCAGUUAGUGAUAGAGUUAAAGAAAAAAAUUUAUCAAAAAUUGCUACAAAGGGUGUUGUACAACUAUUCAAUUUAGUUAAACAGCAACAAAGAACUGUAGAGAAGAAAUUAAAAAAUGUAGGACCAUCAAUUUUAAAACAAGACAAAGUAUUGGAAUCUCUAGAUAAAAAAUCAUUUAUUGAUUCCAUUGAUCAUAGGAAAGAAAAUGAUGAAAGUGGUUGGGAUGUUCUCCGAGAUGAUUUUAUGGGCGGCACUAAAAUUAAAGACUGGGAUAAACAGAUUGAAAAUGAUAGUGAAGAUGAUGGAAUUAACGUCUAAACGAAAGUUUUAUUUUAAUUUUAAAUAUUAUAUACAAUUGAAAAUAAAUGUUACUAUUACCUUUUUGAUGAA